UCCGCCAGCUGCCAGCCGCCACCGCUCCGCUCAGUCGAUUCGCAGCGCCGAGUGCGUCCGCUGGCUGCACGCUUGACGCCUUUGCCGGCGCGCGAUUAAAAAAUAAACAUUACAAAAUCUGUCAACACGUUCGUUCAUUUUGAAGCCAAAUAUUUCAAGAAGAUAACGAAUACGAUCUAGUGUUGUGCUUGUGAAACAACUGAAAACCACCACCGAAUAAUUUGAAGUGUUAAUAAUUAACAAUUUUGGUACAAAAGAGAAAACAAUUGUUUCAGAGUAAAGCGUUAUGCUAAAUGACAUAUAACUUAAUUUUAAAAUAAGUACGUGUUAAUAAGCUAAUAAAAUGUCGACUGAGAGAGAAGAAACACAAGAAUACAUCAAUGGCAUGAGACCCGGCCCGUUGACUAGAGAAAUACCAGAAUGCAUGAGAGACAAAUAUACAAUAGUGCAGACGAUUUUGGACGUUAUAGCCUUGUGGAUAUUACUAUCGGGUUAUAUAAUUACGGGGAUAUACAGGGCGAUAGUGGGAUACCCGAAGAAGGAACUUAAAGACAGUAUAGCGGUGGUGACUGGCGGCGGAGGAGGCCUCGGCAGUUUGGUGGCUCUACGACUGGCGAGGCUUGGCUGCACCGUCGUUUUAUGGGAUAUCAACAAACAAGGUUUGGAAGACACAGUAAAACUAGUCAAAGGCAUUGGUGGAAAAUGUCACGGAUACGUAGUGGAUCUGGCCAGUCGGGAGGACAUCUACAGAGUAGCCAAGACGGUCCACGAGGAAGUCGGCAGAGUGAGUUUACUGAUCAACAACGCUGGCGUCGUGUCCGGCCAGUACUUACUUGACACGCCAGAUCAUCUCAUCCAGAGAACGUUUGACGUCAACGUAUUAGCUCAUUUCUGGACCGUGAAAGCAUUCCUACCUCAUAUGAUUGAACAUAAUAAUGGUCACAUAGUUACGAUAGCGUCGAUGGCGGGCCACGUGGGUGUCGCGAAGCUAGUUGACUACUGUUCCUCUAAGUCUGCAGCUUGCGGCUUCGACGAAGCUUUGAGAUUGGAACUGGAAGUUCGAGGCAUUAAAGGAGUCCAUACUUCACUAAUCUGCCCGUAUUUCAUCCGUUCAACGGGAAUGUUUGAGGAAGUUAAUUCAAGGUUCGUUCCGCAGCUGAACUCCAACGAGGUAGCGGAUCGGAUCGUGUUCGCGAUCCGCACCAACGAGUCCCUCGCCGUGAUGCCCGGGUACUUCCGACUGCUGCUGCCUUUCAAAUGGUUGGUUCCGUGGCCGUGUGUGUCUGAGAUCAUCCGUCGUCUGGUGCCGGACGCUGCGCCGGCCCCUAUAGCCUCGCACCGGCCCCAACUGACUGACGAUUUAGUGCCAACAUCACACAAAGGCAAGCUGGACUCCCGCCCGAUGACGCUAGUGCCGCCCGCGCGUCACGACCGCCAUGUCUGACGUCACGGUGACGUCACAACAUGGCGCCACAAGUGAGGAACUUUGUCAAAAUAUGGCAACAUUCUAUCUUAAUAUAUGUAUAAAUUUUAUAUGAUGUAAUUAAAAUGUGCCUAUUAAAAAAU